CAGAAGCUCCUCCCUCUUACAACACUGACCAGGAAGAGACGGACUUGUUAUUUCUCUUUUCUGCCAUACUGACUUUGUCUCGACAAAAGCAAUAAAGAAUCAGCGAUCAGUGGAGUACGAAGAGAAAAACUUUACAGAAGAAUUUGAGAAGUUUCUUCCUGAACAAGUUUGAUUCUGAUCUUUGUGAUUCUCAUGGUGAUUCAUUUUUAAAACCGUCGUUCAGAAAGUGAAAGUAAAGUUUAGAUUGCUGGAGCUCAAACAGUGGAAAUGGCUUCACUAAAUGUUUCUGCUGAAGAACUUUCUUGUCCUGUGUGCUGUGAAAUCUUCAAGACUCCUGUUCUUUUAUCCUGUAGUCACAGUUUCUGUAAAGAGUGUCUUCAACAGUUCUGGAGAACCAAGACAUCUCAGGAGUGUCCUGUCUGCAGGAGAAGAUCCUCAAAACCUCAUCCUCCAGUGAAUCUUGCAUUAAGAAACUUGUGUGAGUCGUUCCUGAAGGAGAGAAAUGAGAGGCUCAGUGAAGAACUUUCUUGUCCUGUGUGCUGUGAAAUCUUCAAGACUCCUGUUCUUUUAUCCUGUAGUCACAGUUUCUGUAAAGAGUGUCUUCAACAGUUCUGGAGAACCAAGACAUCUCAGGAGUGUCCUGUCUGCAGGAAAAGAUCCUCAAAACAUAAUCCUCCAGUGAAUCUUGCAUUAAGAAACUUGUGUGAGUCGUUCCUGAAGGAGAGAAAUGAGAGGCGUUCAUCAGGGUCUGAGGAGAUCUGCAGUUUACACAGUGAGAAACUCAAGCUCUUCUGUCUGGAGGAUAAACAGCCUGUGUGUAUCGUGUGUGUUACUUCACAACAACAUGACAAUCAUAAAUUCAGACCCAUCAGUGAAGUGGUUUCAUCAUAUAAGGAGGAGCUCAAUACAGCACUGAAGACCUUACAGGAGAAACUGAAACACAAUAGAACAAUGAAAGCAGAGUUUGAGGAAACAGUUCAACACAUCAAGGCUCAAGCUGAGCACACAGAGCGUCAGAUUAAACAGCAGUUUGAGAAGCUUCAUCAGUUUCUCCGAGAUGAAGAAGAAGCUACAGUCACUGCACUGAGGGAGGAAGAGGAGCAGAAGAAGCAGAUGAUGAAGGAGAAGCUGGAGGAGAUGAACACACACAUCUCAGCUCUUUCACACACACUCAAAGACAUGGAGGAGAUGAUGAAAGCCAGUGACGUCUGCUUUCUGAAGGAGUUUCCAGUCUCAAUGGAAAGAGUCCAGAGCUCACGGCCGGAUCCACAGAUGGCUUCUGGAGCUUUGAUUCAUGUGCCACGAUACUUGGGCAACCUGCCGUUCAGAGUCUGGAAGAAGAUGCAGGACAUCGUCCAAAACACUCCUGUGAUUCUGGAUCCAAACACUGCGAAUCCACGUCUCGUCCUGUCUGAUGAUCUGACCAGUGUGAGAAACAGCGGGAACAGACAAACUCUUCCUGAUAAUCCAGAGAGAUUUGACUGGUAUCUCUGUGUUCUGGGUUCAGAGGGAUUUAACUCAGGAACACACUGCUGGGAUGUGGACGUUACAGAGAGUGAAUUCUGUAUUCUUGGAGUAACUACAGCAUCAAAACAGAGGAAGGGAGACGGUUUCUUCAACACUGAUGUCUGGAGAGUGGAGUAUGAUCCGUACGAACUGUAUUUUAGUUCUAGUUUUCCUGUUAAACAGAAGCUUGAUCGUGUGAGAGUGAAUCUGGACUAUAAUGGAGGAACGGUGUCGUUCUCUGAUCCUGUAACUAACACACAUAUACACACACUCACAGACACCUUCACUGACACACUCUUUCCAUUCUUCUGGUGUUUUUCUGGCUCUCUGAGGAUCUUAGCAGUCAAUAGUCAGUACUUUACACUCCUGUAGAUCUGGAUCUUCCUGCUUUCAUCAUGUUUCCAAUAUUUACUCCAUCUCACAUGAGUAAGAGUGCUGUUGAUCUGAGUGUCAGUACGGUGGCUGUGAUUGGGCCGUGAUGAUCACAUGACUGAUAUCCAGCACUACAGCAACACUCAGAUCAAUAAACAUCAAGUUUUCAUUUAUAUUCCACUUCACACAAUUAGACCCAUUAGAGACCGUUUUAGCAUUCAUGUUUUCAGGAGAACUGACAUUUACCACAUUAUUUCACUCAAUCUGUGUUUAU